AUGAAAAAGAACCAGACGGUGCAGGGCACCUUCAGCAAACUCUUCGGCAAGAAGCACGCCAACCCCCCCAGUACCUCCCUCUACGCCACCAACCCCCCCUGGAUCUUCACCCAGGAGGCCCCGGAGGAGGGGAGCCGGGACUUCGGUGCUAUCUAUUAUGGAGACAAUCGGUUUGACUCUGUGAGUGAGUCAGGAACAGCCACACUGAAAGCUCGGCCAAGAGUCCGGCCCCUCCUGACCUUCCUUCCGCUGAAUGCCCAGGAAAACCAUGGACUGGCUGUGCCCACCCCCUCUGUCCCAGGAGAAUUUGCGGACAAAGAAGUGACAGGUACCAGCUCACUAGUCAACGGCAACCUCCGACUGUACAGCUCUGUGGGUGACCUGAGGCCUGGGCACUAUGGGCAGGACCCACUCAUCCCCCCACCUCCCCCAGGCCCAGCCCCAGGGCCACCCACAGACACUUCGCAACCUCAAGAGGAGUCCCCCCCACCCCCACCUUCCAUGGCGCCCCCGCCACCUCCCCUGCUACUGGAACCCCCACCCCCACCCAGCACGGCCCCACCCCCGCCCCCAGUAUUGGGGGCCCCAGCCCCUCUCUCCACCCUUUCCUCCCCAUCCACACCCACCCCUCCGGACUUCAUUCCUCCUGCCCCACCCUUGGCCUCUCUUGUCCCACCCCCACCCCCACCCCCUCUGCCAGCCCCAGCACCCCCAGCAUCUCCUCACAUGACAGGGACUCUCCUCUUUGCUCCUGGGGGUGUCACCAAGUGGAAAUCAGAGGUAGCGCUGAAUGGAAGGCAGCCAGAGACCCCCAGAACCAGCCCCCCCCAGAGCCCAGCUGAGCCAAAGGGGAGCCUUCUGGGGCCCAAGCCAGACCCCCACCUUACUUUCCCACGCUCAUUCAAGGUGCCUCCCCCAACCCCAGUCAGGACUUCAUCCAUCCCAGCUCAGGAAGCACAGGCGACUCCUGUAGAGGAAGGGGCCACCAAGAAAGCCCCCCACCGACUCCCACUGCCUCCCAGCUUCCACAUCCGCCCCGCGUCCCAGGUCUACGCAGACCGGGCCCCUGAGCCAGACCACUCAGGGGAGCUCAGGACUACAGCACCGGCCAGCCCCGGCCUGGGCCAGGGUCAGUCCUGGACUAAGGAACAGGCUGAGACUCUGCCACCAGCCCCUCCCCUGCCCUCUCCCACACCCCCGCAACCUCCCCCUGCACCACCACUUCCCCCAGCUGCCCCUCCUUUACCUUCCGCUGAGAAGGCGGUGCCUCAGCCUUCCGGGUUUGGGAAAAGCCGCCCAUCCAGCUCCCCUGCUCCCAAACCCAAACUGAACCCCCCCAGCCCAGAGGAUGCAGCCUCUUCAGCACCUGUGGACUGGAGGGACCCCAGCCAGAUGGAAAAGCUGCGGAGUGAGCUGGCAGCCUAUCUCUGUGGCUCUAAGAGGGAGGACCGAGUCCUCAGUCACUGGGCUGGCCCCAUGGUGGUGGCCCCCCAGGAAAAGGAGGGCAAGAAGGGCCCCAGCCCGCCAGAGAAGGAGAUCCUCCCGAGCGUCCCUGAGAAGAGUCCCUGCAGCCUGCCUGACAAGGGGGCUGCCACCAGCCUCACCCUCCCUCCCGUGGACUACAUCCCCCAAGAGUCCCCUGCUCCCAGUGUCCGGCAGAUCCGCAACGAGCUGGAGGCCCGCUUUUCCUCCUCAGCGGAGAAGGAAGCCAAGCCCUGCAUAGGGUCUCUGCCUCCCAAGCCUCAACUAGAAGGGGGAAGAAGCUUUGAAAACAGGGGGACUAAUGGCAACUUCUCUAAGCCCGUGGCCAAGAAUCUCCCCUCUCUAUCCACCACCCCUCUGCCAACCAUACCACUUCAGUCUAAGACCACGCCUGGGCCAGCCACACCACCCAAGGCCACGCCUGGGUCAGCCACACCACCCAAGGCCACGCCUGGGCCAGCCACACCACCCAAGGCCACGCCUGGGCCAGCCACUCCACCCAAGGCCAUGCCUGGGCCAGCCACACCACCCAAGGCCACGCCUGGGCCAGCCACUCCACCCAAGGCCACGCCUGGGCCAGCCACACCACCCAAGGCCACGCCUGGGCCAGCCACACCACCCAAGGCCACGCCUGGGCCAGCCAUACCACCCAAGGCCACGCCUGGGCCAGCCCUACCACCCAACCCCGGGCCUGGGCCUGCCAUACCAUCUGCAGCCCCACCUGUGCCCAACACAUCUCCCCAGCCGACAGAGAACCUUGUCCCAGCUGGGCAGUGGGAGAAGCCCAGACCUCAAGAACUUACAGUGCCCGGCCAGCUAGAGGCAGAAGGGCGCCCCACAGAGCCCAGUAAGCCUCUUACCCCAGGAGCCCUCUCAGCUCCAGCCUUCUCACCAAAGAGAUCCCCUUGCGGGGAAGAGGUGACAUUCCUCUACAAGCUCCAUCGCACCCAGAAAAGCCCUAGCCAUGAGGUUGCCGUGGGGAUGGCACCACUGGCCACAGGUUCAGCCCACAGGUCAGGGGGACCUGAGGAGGAGAAGGAGCCCCAGGGACAGCCAGCCAAGCCCCCCACCUCGGCCCAGCCUGCCAACGAACUCCUCAGGCAUCCGGUGACCGGGGAGGUGGUACAGCCAGGCUCCCCAAUGGCUCUGCUCCUUGCCGCCAGGCAGAGGGCCCAGAAGGGGAGGCCAGGAGGGCUGGCCCUGAGCCGGUCCUCCCUGCCCGGGAGCCUCCGGGGCCACAGCAGCCAGCCCCAAGCAGGCUGUGACAGCAUCUUCCACGACGAGGGCCGGCCCAACUCCUUCACUGUGGUCCCCAAGUUGCCCAAGGAGGCUGAGAAGGACACUCAGCUGGCCUCACUGGCACAGCCCAUCAUACCCAGUCAGUGGAAGCCCCAGCUCUGCGGAGACCCGGAGGGCAUGGCGCCAAGCCUCAGGCACAAUGGGACAAAGGCAGAGCCCCACGCCCCAGUGGCCUGGGAAAGACCAGCAUCCUCCAACCUCCCCCAGGGCCGCGUGCUGCCCAAAUCCUUCUCGUCCCCUCCUUCCCCUUCCUGCAAGGACAACAACGACAAAGAUGAUGAGGUGGGGGAGUUCCACUUUGAGGUCAUCCCGCCGCCGCCAGAGUUCAGCAACGACCCCGAGCCCCCCACCCUGGCCUUCCAGUAUUUGGGGCGCCGGGGAUCCCCUCCCCGGAACAAAUUCUCAAACUUGGGGAAGCCCUCGGCGCCUCGCAGCUUCUCGCGCAUUCCGGCCGGCGGGCACCACGCUGGGGCUGGGGGCCUGGAGCGCUUCUCGGGCGGGGGCCGGUCGCUCAUCAAGAAGCGCCUGUAUGUCGGGGAGCCCCACCGCAACCCCGGGCAGCCUCGCGGUGGCACCGGCCGCAGCCUCAGCUCCCCAAACUGCUUCGGGCCGCCACCAGGAGGCCCGGAAAUGCGGCGCGUCAACUCGGCGGGCCGCGCGCUCCCGGGAGGCCUGCACGCGCGAAGGCUGUCCAUGGAGGGCGCAGCCCACGGGGAGGCCAAGUUCAAGGCUCCCGGAGGCGACUACGGCUUCACCCCUGUGGCCAGCAGGUCUCCCCACAGCACCCCCCACUAUGGAAGCCCCAUCAACACAUUCACCGUGAGGCCUGGGACCCGCCAUCCCAUAUCCUAUGCCUACUCGGGGAACCACCGGCAAGCCCCGUCCUGAGCCCCAGGUGUUCUCAGCUCUACUCCGAGGGGCCAGAUCUGGGCACUUGUUUUUGUGGGGGUGGGAGGGAUGUGGCGGGCGUUAGGCGUCCGGACUUAAACAUGGAGGAGUCUUUGUUACCCAAACACAGAUGUCGAGUGAGAAGCAAGAGAAAGAUCAAGAGUGGGCCUCUGGCUCCUGAAGCACUGGUGUGGCUUGUGGACUGCAUAAGGGAGGGGAGGGAGAAGGAAGGAGGAGAGGAGGCGCCUUUAAGGGCCUGGAGCCUGAGUUUCCCCUACCUGGUACUAUUGGCUUUAGCAAGAGUUACUUAAAGCCGUUUGACAAGCAGGCCUACUGAGCAGGUUCUAAAAGCAAGGGGUGGGGCACUCACUGCGUCCCUCUCCGUGGCUGUAAUUGGCUGUCUGGCGCUCCCAAAGGGCUGAGACCCAGCUCCAUCCGGCUAGGGGUGCAGGGAACUACGGGUUGAUCUCAAUCCACCAUUUGCCACCCCAAGAGCUGAUUCCUGGGGUUCCUAGCAUAGAAGCCUCAUUGAGGUGGGAUCAGGAAUAGGCAUGGACAAGGUGUGGAGAAGGUACUGGAACAGAAUUCUUUGCAUUGGCCAAGGGCAGGGAUAAGGAGGGUCAGUGGUUCACUGGCCCUGGCCCUUAGCUACCUCGGGGAGGCCUAGGGAGAAAAGACCUGGCAAGUAUGGGAUGGGAGACAGAGGACCAAGUCUUGUUUUCCUACUCAGAUCCAGACAGCCAUGAUUUGGGGGAUUGGGCCCAAGGAGUCAGAAGGCCUGGGGGUUUGACACCAAAGGCCUAAUACAGCCAGAACCCAUUUGGGAGUUGGUGGGGGCAUCCUAACCAGCCACCCUUCCCAAUCCCAACACUAUAGGUCCCCAGUAUUAGGGAGGCUUUAAAAUGCAUAGUAAAGAUCCUGGGAGAUACAGAGUGGGAGGCUGCAGAGAUGGGCACUGGGAUCUGAGAGGUGUUUGCUGCUGACUGGGAGUGCGUUUUAGAAAGUCUAGAGUGGUAGGACAGGGCCUGUUCAGAGCAGGGGAGACCUGUCAGUGGGGUGACCAUUUGUCUUUUGCCUGGGCAGUGUGGGUUUAUGCCUCUUUGCCUGUGAAUUAGACCCCCAUCCACUUCCGAAGUAGUCCUGGUUUGGAGGACGUAUAUCUCCCAUACAUAUCAGGAAACAGUAUUCCUCGGUCUGCCUUCCCUCUCCCGUCCGGAGGCGGAAUUCCUGGGGCCAGGCCAAGGCGGGCCACCCCUGUAAGGAGGAAGGGCAGGGAGUGACUCACCACGCGAGUAGCUGGUGGGGGCAGCCAGGAAGCAGUGCCCUUGGGGGGCAAGCUGUUGGACCUUUAGGACUUGAGCUAACCAGCCAGGUACCGGAUUGUGGGGACAGCAGGGGAACUAGUUCAGGGAAAGAGAGCACAGGCACCCUAAUGGGGCAGGAUCUGGUUCCCUGUGUUCAAGAAGCAAACUCCACCCCAACCAGCACUGGCCCUAUAAAUAUGUAUGUAUUUUCCCUGUACAAUGUUUUAUAAAAGACUUCCCUAAUUUAUCUGCUGUGUCAGGUUUGAGGAAUGGGAUGGGACUCCCAGCUGUAUAUUGACCCAGAGGGAGGGCAAGGACUGACUGUCACUUGACUUGGGAAAUAAAUAGGCCAGUUCAGACUGGCCUCAGCUCCUGGCUGUG